AUGCAGAAGGGGAUGCGGCUCAAUGACGGGCACGUCGCCCACCUGGGGCUGCUGGCGAAGAAGGACGGGGCCCGGCGCGGAUACCUGAGCAAGCGGAGCGCCGACAACACGAAAUGGCACACCAAGUGGUUCGCGCUGCUCCAGAACAUGCUCUUCUACUUCGAGACCGACUCCAGCUCCCGGCCCUCGGGGCUCUACCUGCUCGAGGGCUGCGUCUGCGACCGCGCGCCCUCCCCCAAGCCCCCCCUCUCGGCUAAGGACUCCCUGGAGAAGCAGCACUACUUCACCGUGAACUUCAACCACGAGAACCAGAAGACCCUGGAGCUGAGGACCGAGGAUGCCAAGGACUGCGACGAGUGGGUGGCAGCCAUCGCUCACGCCAGCUACAGGAACCUGGCGACAGAGCACGAGGCGCUGAUGCAGAAGUACCUCCAUCUCCUGCAGAUCGUGGAGACGGAGAAGACUGUUGCCAAGCAACUCCGGCAGCAGAUCGAGGACGGGGAGAUCGAGAUCGAGCGCCUCAAGGCCGAGAUCGCGUCCCUGCUCAAGGACCACGAGCGCAUCCAGGCCAGCCAGAGCAGCGCACCCAGUGACGAUGACAGUGACAUCAAGAAGAUCAAGAAGGUGCAGAGCUUCCUGCGGGGCUGGCUGUGCCGGAGGAAGUGGAAAACCAUCAUCCAGGACUACAUCAGGUCCCCCCACGCUGACAGCAUGCGCAAGAGGAACCAGGUGGUGUUCAGCAUGCUGGAGGCCGAGGCUGAGUACGUCCAGCAGCUCCACAUCCUCGUCAACAACUUCCUGCGGCCGCUGCGCAUGGCUGCCAGCUCCAAGAAACCGCCCAUCACCCACGACGAUGUCAGCAGCAUCUUCCUCAACAGUGAAACCAUCAUGUUUUUGCACCAAAUUUUCUACCAAGGCCUGAAGGCACGGAUCUCCAGCUGGCCCACACUGGUGUUGGCUGACCUGUUCGACAUCCUGCUGCCCAUGCUGAACAUCUACCAGGAGUUUGUGCGGAACCACCAGUACAGCCUGCAGAUCCUGGCGCACUGCAAGCAGAACCGGGACUUUGACAAGCUGCUCAAGCACUACGAGGCCAAGCCUGACUGCGAGGAGAGGACCCUGGAGACCUUCCUCACCUACCCCAUGUUCCAGAUCCCCAGGUACAUCCUGACCCUGCACGAGCUGCUGGCUCACACGCCCCACGAGCACGUGGAGAGGAACAGCCUGGAUUACGCCAAGUCCAAGCUGGAGGAGCUGUCCAGGAUAAUGCACGAUGAAGUGAGCGAGACUGAAAACAUUCGGAAGAACCUGGCAAUAGAGAGGAUGAUCAUCGAGGGCUGUGAGAUCCUGCUGGACACCAGCCAGACCUUCGUCAGACAAGGGUCGCUGAUCCAGGUGCCGAUGUCGGAGAAGGGGAAGAUCACGCGGGGCCGCCUGGGCUCGCUGUCGCUGCGGAAGGAGGGCGAGCGGCAGUGCUUCCUCUUCUCCAAACACCUCAUCAUCUGCACCCGCGGCUCCGGGGGCAAGCUGCACCUCACCAAGAACGGGGUGAUCUCCCUGAUCGAUUGCACGCUGGUGGAGGAGCCCGAGAGCACCGAUGAGGACGCCAAAACAUCAGGACAAGACAUUGACCACCUGGACUUUAAGAUCGUGGUGGAGCCGAAGGAUUCCUCAUCCUUCACCGUGAUCCUCGUGGCCUCGUCCAGGCAGGAGAAGGCUGCGUGGACCAGUGACAUCAGCCAGUGCGUGGACAACAUCCGCUGCAACGGGCUGAUGAUGAACGCCUUCGAGGAGAACUCCAAGGUCACCGUGCCCCAGAUGAUCAAGUCUGAUGCCAGCUUGUAUUGUGAUGAUGUUGACAUUAGGUUCAGUAAAACGAUGAAUUCCUGCAAGGUCCUGCAGAUCCGCUAUGCCAGCGUGGAGCGGCUGCUGGAGCGGCUGACGGACCUGCGCUUCCUGAGCAUCGACUUCCUCAACACCUUCCUGCACUCCUACCGCGUCUUCACCACCGCCCUCGUGGUCCUCGACAAGCUCAUCACCAUCUACAAGAAGCCCAUCAGUGCCAUCCCUGCACGGUCGCUGGAGCUGCUGUUUGCAAACAGCCAGAACAACAAGCUGCUCUACGGGGAGCCCCCCAAGUCCCCCCGAGCCAACCGCAAGUUCUCGUCGCCGCCGCCGCUCUCCAUCUCCAAAUCCUCGUCGCCCAGCCGCCGCAGGAAGCUGUCCCUCAACAUCCCCAUCAUCACGGGCGGCAAGGCGCUGGACCUGGCGGCGCUGAGCUGCUCCUCCAACGGCUACGCCGGCGUCUACUCCUCCAUGGCCCCCUUCAGCAAGACCACUCUGGACAUCAACAAGCUCUACGUGUCCAGUGGCUACCCCAACAAAAUCCCAGACGAAGGAGAAGCGGCCUCGGAAAAGCAGGAGGAGUCGCUGCCGGGCAAGCAGAGCUCAGAGGUGUCUGUCAGGGAGGAGUCGGACACAGAUCCCAACCACAGCGACGAGGCAGAAGCUGAAGCUUCCCCAACGAAAUCUCCAACGACUCCCAAGUCCAUCAAGUGCAAAAACUCAUCAGAUUUCUCGCUGUUUUCCUACAACAAUGGCAUGGUGAUGACGUCCUGCCGGGACCUGGACAGCACCCGCAGCGCCCUGUCUGCCACCUCCGCCUUCGCCAUCGCCACGGCGGGGGCCAACGAGGGCACCCCCACCAAGGAGAAAUACCGCAGGAUGUCCCUGGCCAGCGCAGGCUUCCCGACGGACCAGCGGAACGGGGACAAGGAGUUCGUGAUCCGGAGAGCAGCCACCAACCGUGUGCUGAACGUGCUGCGGCACUGGGUGUCCAAACACUCACAGGACUUUGAGACCAACGAGGAGCUGAAGUUCCGGGUGAUCGGCUUCCUGGAGGAGGUCAUCCACGACCCCGAGCUCCUGACCCAGGAGAGGAAAGCGGCUGCCAACAUCAUCAGGACUCUGACACAGGAGGAUCCAGGAGACAACCAGAUCACCCUGGAGGAGGUGGUGCAGAUGGCCGAGGGGGUCAAAGCAGAGCCCUUUGAAAACCACUCAGCCCUGGAGAUCGCAGAGCAGCUGACACUGCUGGAUCACCUGGUCUUCAAGAAGAUCCCAUACGAAGAAUUCUUUGGGCAAGGCUGGAUGAAGCUGGAGAAGAACGAGAGGACUCCUUACAUCAUGAAGAACACGAAGCACUUCAAUGAUGUCAGCAACCUGAUCGCGUCCGAGAUCAUCCGCAACGAGGAGAUCGCGGCGCGCGUCUGCGCCAUCGAGAAGUGGGUGGCGGUGGCCGACAUCUGCCGCUGCCUGCACAACUACAACGCCGUGCUCGAGAUCACCUCGUCCCUGAACCGCAGUGCCAUCUUCCGCCUCAAGAAAACCUGGCUCAAGGUCUCCAAGCAGACCAAGGCUCUGAUUGAUAAGCUCCAGAAGCUGGUGUCGUCGGAGGGCAGGUUCAAGAACCUGAGGGAGGCACUGAAAAAUUGUGACCCUCCGUGUGUCCCCUACCUGGGCAUGUACCUGACAGACCUGGCGUUCAUCGAGGAGGGCACCCCAAACUACACUGAGGAUGGCCUGGUGAACUUCUCCAAAAUGAGGAUGAUCUCACACAUCAUAAGGGAGAUCCGCCAGUUCCAGCAAACCUCCUACAAGAUCGAGCACCAGCCGAAGGUGACGCAGUACCUGCUGGACCAGUCGUGUGUGAUGGACGAGGAGAGCCUUUACGAAGCUUCUCUGCGAAUAGAGCCCAAGCUGCCUUCCUGAG